AUGGCGUUGCUGCCGUUGCUCCAGCUGUCUCUUGUAUUUUCUGUCGCUGUACAGGCUUAUGGGACCCCCAGUCGCGAUCUGGUCCACUUAAUGGGCGCUCAGGGGGUGAACCUCUGGAAACUCAGGAAGAACGACCAACCAACAAGUGGAUUGAAACGAGAUGAACACUAUGGUGCCCAAGAGCCGUUCUCUGGAGAAAGCAAGGAGAAGAACUAUGACUUCCGGGCGCAAUGGUUCGAACAACCUUUAGAUCAUUUUGACAACACGUCGGACCACCGAUGGCACCAACGCUUCUGGGUAAACUCGAGGCACUAUAAACCCAGGCCUGGUGCCCCCGUUAUUGUCCUGGACGGAGGAGAGACCAGUGGAGAAGAGCGUCUACCUUUCCUCGACACUGGAAUUGUCAAUAUUCUGGCCAAGGCAACAGGUGGGAUUGGUAUCGUCCUUGAGCACAGAUACUACGGUGACUCGAUACCCGUUGCCAACUUUUCAACCGACUCGCUCAGGUGGUUGAACAAUGCGCAGUCCGCGGCAGACAGUGCCAACUUCAUGAGGAACGUGAAACUCGACAGUAUACAAGAGGACAUCACUGCGCCCGGUACCCCGUGGAUCUACUAUGGCGGUUCAUACGCUGGCGCUCGGGCUGCUCAUAUGAAGAUCAUAUACCCGGACAUUGUCUAUGGGGCUAUCGCAUCGAGCGCUGUUACCCAUGCCACGCUGCAGGCUUGGGAAUACAUGACCAUCAUCCGCGAUGCCGCUGACCCUAAGUGCUCAGCAAAUAUUGUGAACUCAAUAGCCACUAUCGACACGAUUCUCCAGCGAGGGGUCUUCAAACGUCAGCUGAAAUCCCUCUUCGGCCUCGGAGAGCUGGAACAUGAUGAAGAUUUUGUAUCUGUCCUCGAGACACCCCUCGGCUCAUGGCAAUCCAAAUGCUGGGUGCCAGAAUUCAAUGAUCCUACAUUUGACAGCUUUUGCGACGCCCUAGGGAAGCCCUUCGGUCGCUUCACGGCCGCUGAGCUUGAAUCAGCUCCCUUCGGAGACGAGAGACGCUUAGUAGCUAUAGAUCAAGAUUUCGCUGUGGACUUCACCAUCGUCAACUAUGGUAGAUGGAUCAAAAAGAACGUAGUCUCCAAAUGCAAAGAAGCCACGGUCGAGGAGUGUUUCGGGACUUUCAAUGAUACACAAUUCCAAGAUGAUGGUCUGGACCAGACGUGGCGUCUCUGGUUGUUCCAAGUGUGUACUGAAUGGGGCUACUUUACAACUCCUCCACCGGACCAGAAAGAGCCUAGUCUCAUCUCCAGACUCCUUACGCUUGGGUACGAAUCGAAGAUAUGCAAGCAGGCCUUCCCACCGGGCAAACAUUUCAGGAUCCCCAAUCUUCCCAACAUCACAGUGGUGAAUGAGUUGGGCAGCUUCGACAUUGCCGAUGACCGCUUGGCGUUCAUCGACGGAGAGGUCGAUCCGUGGAGGCCUUAUACGCCACACAGCGUCCACGCCGACGAGCGUAAUGAUACAAUUCUUCGUCCAUUCAAGCUCAUUCCCAACGGUGUACAUCAUUGGGACGAAUGGGGGUAUGAGAAUAUCUUCCAGGAGCCCGCUGAGAUCCGGAAGGUGCAUUCGGAGAUGAUCGAGUUUGUGAGGGCAUGGUUGAAGGAUUGGAAGGCACCUAGUGUGACUGACGGCUCCUCGGAUUAAAUUUCCGCCAGUUGCCAUUCUGGCGUCCAGGCAGGCCCCCGACGCCGAUCCAUCCCGUGUACACCUACUAAUGCAGAAUGUAUAUGUUUUCCG